CAGCCGGGCCCCGGGAGCGGGCUGCUGCUGCGGAGGAGCCAGCGGGCGGUGGAGGCGCCAGGGCCGGCGAUGCCUCGGCCGGGGAAGAGCUCGUACAGCGACCAGAAGCCGCCCUACUCGUACAUCUCGCUGACCGCCAUGGCCAUCCAGCACUCGGCCGAGAAGAUGCUGCCGCUGAGCGACAUCUACAAGUUCAUCAUGGAGCGCUUCCCCUACUACCGCGAGCACACGCAGCGCUGGCAGAACAGCCUGCGCCACAACCUCUCCUUCAACGACUGCUUCAUCAAGAUCCCGCGGCGGCCCGACCAGCCGGGCAAGGGCAGCUUCUGGGCGCUGCACCCCGACUGCGGCGACAUGUUCGAGAACGGCAGCUUCCUGCGGCGCCGCAAGCGCUUCAAGGUGCUGCGCGCCGACCACGCUCACCUGCACGCGGGCAGCGCCAAGGGCGCGCCGCCGGGCGCUGGGCCCGGAGGAGGGCACCUGCACCCGCAUCCCUCCCACCACCCGCACCACCACCACCACCACCAUCACGCGGCCGCCCACCAUCACCACCACCACCACCACCACCCCCCGCCCCAGCCGCCCCCGCCGCACAUGGUGCAUUAUUUCCACCAGCAGCCCCCGGCUCCGCCGCCGCCGCCGCCGCCUCACCUCCCUUCGCAGCCGCCCCAGCAGCCGUCGUCUCAGCAGUCCCAGCCUCAGCAGCCGUCGUCGCAGCCCGGCAAGAUGCAGCAGGAGGCGGCGGCCGUGGCGGCGGCGGCGGCGGCGGCGGCGGCGGCCGCGGUGGGCAGCGUGGGGCGCCUGUCCCAGUUCCCGCCCUACGGGCUGGGCUCGGCCGCCGCCGCCGCUGCAGCCGCCGCCGCCGCGUCCACGUCGGGCUUCAAGCACCCGUUCGCCAUCGAGAACAUCAUCGGCCGGGACUACAAGGGCGUGCUGCAGGCCGGCGGGCUGCCCCUGGCCUCGGUCAUGCACCACCUGGGGUACCCCGUGCCCGGCCAGCUGGGCAACGUCGUCAGCUCCGUGUGGCCGCACGUCGGGGUCAUGGAUUCGGUGGCCGCGGCCGCCGCAGCCGCCGCAGCCGCGGGGGUACCCGUAGGCCCGGAGUACGGGGCUUUCGGGGUGCCGGUCAAGGCCCUGUGCCAUUCGGCUAGCCAGAGCCUGCCUGCCGUGCCGGUGCCCAUCAAGCCCACCCUGGCGCUGCCGCCCGUGGCCGCGCUGCCGCCCGCGCUCGCCGUCCCCGCGGCCGCCCAGCAGGCGCCGGCUCCGGCCGCCACCGUGUGCCCGGCGGCCUCGGCCUCUCCUGCAGCCUCUCUGCUGGAGCCCGCCGCCCCGAGUGCGGCCGAGGGCAAGGGUGGCUCCCUGCACUCGGUGCUGGUGCACUCCUAAGGCGCCCAGCAAGCCGCGAGGGACGAGAUAAAGACUGAACAAACCGCUGGUCCCCGACCGACCGCGGGAGGGGGAGAGGGCGCCCCGGCCAGGCCCGGCUGAUCCCCAGCGUUGGCGGGACAGGGAAAGGUAUUUAAACAAAAACGAACAAUCCGAAUGUGGAUUCGCCAGUGGUCCGCGUCAAUGUAAUGCUUCUGGUGUCAGUGUGUAAUACUAUGUUGUACAAUCAGGUUCAUGAAAGCCAAUUUUCAGGUAAGAGUUUCUAUUGUAAUUAAUAUUAUAAAUCAAUAAGUUAUGGGUGGGGGGAGGGAGGGAAAUGAAGGCGUUUGGGGAAUCCUCCUUUGGCAGGUAAAUUGGAAAUGGAUUUUUUUUCGAUUCUUGUUCGUGUGGGACCAGAAGCUGUGAGAUGUAAACAUCGCCGGGAGACAUGCAACAGAGAGUGAAGCUGGGACAGACCGCCGCCACCGAGUUCCUCUCCUCUGGUCUCCGGCAGCUUCUGGACAAAACUGCUGUUCACGAAGGACAUCUCGAUUUAUUUAAGAAGAAGUGUUUGAUGCCAUUAUUUCCCUGGUCAGGGAAAGCGGCAAGGAAACGGUAUUGUGACUGAAGCCGCUUUAGGGGGCAGUGGGGACACCAUGGAGGACCUUGGGAAACAGUUACUUGUCUUGGCUCUGACCCGGGGUCGAGAAGGGUGGGGGAACAGCUAAAGCAAUUAGUUUGCACAAAAGAGGAUAGUGGUGGCGGCUUACAGAGCAAAGCCCAGGAUUCCAAACGUAAAGUUCUGGGGGAAACACACCAAAGAGACCAUCAAAGGUGACUUUCUACCUGCAAUUCGUUUGUGUGUCAGUCGGAUGAAAUCAUUAAGGAGCCCCAAAACAAUGUGCAUUCUCACGAUCUGUUCCACUGGGAUUUUAAA